AGUAUUUGUUAAUAACCAUUCUACAUAGUGCCAAUAAAUAGAAAAAUAGCCACUCAGAAAUCAACAGUGGAUUCGAUGCUGAUCAAGGGGAAAUAUAUUAUAUGUCUUCCUACUCGUCCGAAAUCGUGAUGGUCCACAACUAUCUUGCACGUUUCAACUAUCCUGGUUACAUUUACCCUCCUGAAUAACUAGCAAUUGACUUCACAAAUCAUUAACAGAAUCAACAUCAACAACAAUCAGCAUCAGCAUUAGCAUUAUCAGCAGCAGUAUCAGCAUCAGAAUUAGCAUCAUCAACGAUGAACACCCGAUCGGCUGAUAUUUGCGAGAAGAUUCGGCAAAUGCAGACGACUAUUAGCAAGAUGCAAGCUGCUACUGAUCAGUUGAGCAACACAAUGCAUAGGUUAUUCAAAUACCAAAACACUACAGAUUCAAAAAUUCUCAUGGAAAGAACGAUGCGAAAUCUACGGUUCCACAUGAUCUUCCUCAGAACCCUACAUGAAGAGCUGCAAACACAAAUUACAAAUUAAAAUAGAAACUCAACAAUCAUAACCUACACGAUUCCAUUACACGACGGGGAGAAGGCCGAAUUUCAAUGGGGUUUGGAGUCAAUAAAUACUUUGGGAGUGACGAUCCAAGGGGUCCCCAGGGAAACGGCGGCGAAAUAAGAUAGAAAAAAAAAAAAAAAAUAAAUAACUAAAUAAAUAUUAUUUUAUAGUAUUUUAUACAGUAUUCGAAACUACUCUUUCUAUAUUUUUUUUAUAAUUAUCACUAGCAUUGUAUUCAAUGAAAUAACCUACAUAUAUAUGUAUACAUAUAUAGAUAUAGAUUUUUUUUAUUUUUCAUUCAUAUGUGCAUAAAAUCAUAAUGUCCAUAUACAUUUUUUUUUUAUUGGGAGAUAAUCCCGUACCGAAUGUACUCUCAAUGCUUUAUAUCGAGUCAAACAUUCAUAAUCAACAUUUGUAGACAUUAAAACAAAAACAUAACAGAGGUCAUUAAUAUAAAUCAUGACAUAUUUAAUAUCUACACUGUGCGACAUUUAUUAAUUCCUUCAGCAUAACAAUCAGUAAACCAAAAAUUGGACAUACAUCAUAAUUUUUGGCAAACUAAGGCUAGGGGAAAAAUAACGCGCUUUCAACCAAACUUUUGAUUCCAAACGGUAUCAAGAAUGAAAAUAGUUUAGUCAAAAAACAUUAGACAAAGUAGAUAAUAACAGAGCACGCAACAUUACCAUGCUGCACUUAAUAUUUUAGACACAUAAUUUUUUUUUUUCUUUUCCCGACUUUUGCUGUCCGCAUCCCUUUUAUAUAAUCUAGGUGAAGGUAGCACUAAUCUGCACGAGCACGUAUUUGCAAUGCACUGAAUGCAAAAUAUAGAGUUAUAAAUGGAACGAAACGUUUUUUCUUCCGUAAAUAAAGAAAUAAACGUCUCAUAUCAUUCCAGAAUCAGGAAUGGACAGACACACGAAUGAGCGCCCUCGUAUGAUUAGGAUAUGGAGACACCCCAAUAAAGAAAUCUUAGAGGCGAGGAAAAGGAAACACCGAAUAUUAAUUAUCGCGAGACAAUUGCAAAAGAAAGUAGAAAAAAUGCAUAAAUUAUUAGAUGUAUUUAAACAAUAUUGCGAAGCGAAAAUCGACGAAAUAGAAAAUACCGAUAGUCACGAAGAAUUGGAGGAGAUUUCGGCGGACGAAAUAGAUACAGAUAAUGAUAGCAGAUAAAGAAUACAUAAAAUGGAUCCGUCAAUCCGAUACAGGACGUUACGAGCGUCCUUAAUACUGAAUUAUCCUGUUAGUCUGAGGAAUCAAAUAUAUAAUAAACUGACUACGUACGCCACAAAAAUCGCAGACUGCAGAAAAGCAAGGGAAAAACCGGCAGCGCUUAACAAUUUAACAGAAAAUCUCGAAGAAAUACUCAAACCACUACACAUCGCUGUCAUACAAGGAGUACUAUUUGGCAACAUGCACUUUAUAAAAUUGGACACGAAUCCUCAAAUCAUGAAAUUUUACAUGAAUGACGAAUACGAUUGGCGCAAGGAAGCCAAACUGUGUCGACAAAUAAUUAAAACAUUUAAAAGACUACUGAAAUGAAGAAAAAACUAGGAACAUUAAAUACGUGAAGUGGGAUUGCAAGAGUCAGUGCAUCAAAUAAUUAGAGAUUAAAUAGUGAAAUACUUGAAUCGAAUAGUUAAAAUCAAUCAAAUACUGUCAAACAUGCAACGCUUAGAUAAAAAUAAAUUAUAAUAUGUUUAAUUGAAUUUCAGUGGGUUAGGAGCUUAUCCUUUCGAGCUAAUGUACCGGAGAAUCCCCUGAUAGAGUUCAUAACGAUAAAAUAUGUAAAAACCACAAAACUAUGGAAUAAGGACCGUGAUUGGUUGAUUUUUCACAAAAAAAAAAAGACGAAACUAUAAUAGACUUUUACAGUUGCUUUUGUCGCUAAAACAGACAAAAGCAACUGCACUCACCAUUGUCAUGUUACGUAUUCACAUACGUUUUCUAUGAAUGAUAUCCCCUUGAAGCAAUUGCAAAAUAUAAAGGAUGAAAUCAAUCAAAUAUAAAUACUAAAUACCGCUAUAAAUUACUGAUCAUAUAUUUCAACCAGAGGUCAUGUAACAAAACAUUCUUAGAUGAAUGACCAAAAGGAUUCUAUAUAUAAAUAAGAAUAAAGAAAUGAAAAGAUAGAAACAUUGACGGAGGACGGAACAGUAUUUCUCCCUCUGACGUCGCAAGCCGAUGACCUUUAAUACAAUCAUUGCACAGAAUAAAUAAAUGAUUACUUAAAAUAAAAAUAAUUCGGGACCAUGAAGGAGCCCACAUACCAAUGAUUAGAAAGAAACUCAGCUUUGCGACGUUAGAACAGGGUUAAACCGCGAGGACGAGUAACGCACCCUCUCAAAAAUGACGAAAUCUUGGAAAUUUCCACGUAUAUAUUGAUACGAGUCAAUCUAAGAAUGAUGUGACUCCGAUUGAAAUAAAUGAAAAGACAAACGAAGAAUGAAAUACAAAAGAGAAAUCAUAAUUCUGAAAAAUAGAAGCAAUUGCAAAGUAUAAAUACCGCUAUAAAUAACUGAUCAUAUAUAUCAACCAGAGGUCAUGUAACGAAACAUUCUUAGAUGAAUGACCAAAAGGAUUCUAUAUAUAAAUAAAAAUAAAGAAAUGAAAAGAUAGAAACAUUGACGGAGGACGGAACAGUAUUUCUCCCUCUGACGUCGCAAGCCGAUGACCUUUAAUACAAUCAUUGCACAGAAUAAAUAAAUGAUUACUUAAAAUAAAAAUAAUUCGGGACCAUACAGGAGCCCACAUACCAAUGAUUAAAAGAAACUCAGCUUUGGGACGUUAGAACAGGGUUAAACCGCGAGGACGAGUAACGCACCCUCUCAAAAAUGACGAAAUCUUGGAAAUUUCCACGUAUAUAUUGAUACGAGUCAAUCUAAGAAUGAUAUGACUCCGAUUGAAAUAAAUGAAAAGAAAAACGAAUAAUUUAAAUACAAAAGAGAAAUCAUAAUUCAGAAAAAUAGAUAAAUUCGACUGUUGCAUCAAAAAGGAUGCAUGAAAAGUCAAGAAAUAACGUAAACUAAAUAUUCCAUAAGACAAUGGCCAUGAAAAGUUAUGAAAAAAUAGAAUUUGUUAAUAAACAAUUAACAAACAUUUAUAACAACAAAAUGCAAAUCAGUGGAAAAGAAAGAACGAUCACCGGGGUAAGCACCCACCAAAAAUCUUUUCUUAAUCUUCAUAAACAGUUGAGAUAUUUAUUUUUGAAGUUUCAUACAGACACAUACAAGCCCAUGUAUCCGUGUGUCCACAAAACUUUGGAAAAUUCUAGCGUACGCAUUAUUGAUGAUGGAGAAAUGGUUUCCAUACAAAAGGGACUCCAUAUUCUGAAAACUAUUUAUUUCACUCAUAAAAAUAAUAAAAUUUAUUAACAAAUAUAAUUGUUGUAAACAAAAUAUACAUGAAAUAUUCUACGAACAAUUCACAAAAAUCGUAAAAGGAAGUUCUGUAGAUCCUAAAUAUGUAUUUCAAAAAUCUCUUCUUAAUCUUCAUAAAUAGUGAAGAUAUUCAUUUUUAAACUUUUACACACACCCACACAUACAAACCCAUGUAUCGGUGUGUCCACAAAAACUUUGGAAAAUUCUAGCGUCCGCAUUAUUGACGAUAGAGAAAUGGUUUCCAGACAAAAAAGGACUCCAUAUAUUGAAAACUAUUUAUUCCAUUCAUAAAAAUGAUAAAAAUUAUUAACAAAUAUAAUUGUUGUAAACAAAACGUACAUGAAAAAUCCUGUAAACAAUUCAGAAAAAUCGUAAAAGGAAGUUCAGUAGAUCCUUGAUAUGUAACAAAAAAAAUCUUUUCUUAAUCUUCAUAAACAGUGAAGAUAUUGAUUUUUAAAUAAUUCACACUAUACACACACACUCAAAUCCUUGUAUCGGUGUAUGCAAAUAAAGUUCGAGAAUUGAUAGCGCUUUCCCUAUGGGACAUAUGCAAAAACAUCCCAUAUAGAAACUACGGCAUAAAUUGUGAACUACAAAAAUAUGUAAUAAAAAAUUGUAAAAGUCAAUAGACAAAACUGAAUGUCUAUUGACAUGUCAUUAAGAAUUACCCCUAAAAAAUCUAAAAUUGGCGAAAUUAGUGCAUUUAAAUAACAAGAACAAGAAUAUGAAAGAAAAUUAAACAAAACUCAACAAUUUAAACAUGUCAAUUUUGAUAAAUUAGCGAUCUUAAUUGUAAAUGUUAAUAACCACGAAAUUAAUGAACGAAUUGCUACCGAAAAAUCCAUAAAAAUAGUCCACUGAAUCCUCUAACGACUGAGCCAUUGAUUAGAUUUUUCACGUUAUAAACAACGCCAUUAAAAGUUAAUAAACAUUUUUCAAGGUCAAGUCAAUAUCUCCGAAAGUUGUAUAGUUAAGAAAAUGAAAAUUUAUGGAAAAAUGCUAUAAAAUGUGGACAUUUGAAUGGAUGAAUAAUUGUUCCUGAUUACUGAAAAAUACUAUUGUUAUUAACAAUUGAAAUGUUAUAAAAAAUUGUCAAAAAAGUUUUAAUACUAGAAUCGUAUUUCUAGACCAAAAAUAGGGUCAAAAACGAAUUUUGUCAAAUUUGUCAAGAGACAAUGUCAAUAGACAAAAAUUGCUUAUAGUAGUACCAUGAGGAUGCCAAAAGGAUCCAUUUAAGCUAUAGUGAAAAUCACGUUCAAAAAUUAAUUUUAAAACAGAAAAAUCAUUGUCAAAAUAUCAGAAAUAAUUUUUAAGAAUUAAAAAUGUAAAAAUGAAAAAUGUAAUAAGGCAUAAGAGAAUGUCACAGCAUUAGAUGAGACUACACACAGAACAUAUGAAUACGCAUCACGCGCCAUCCCUACUCUCAGUCAAGUGGAGUUGCACGUUAAACGAAGCAUCCCCACCAUCCCUACUACUGGAUAGCGUGCGCCAACGAUCGACGCGGUGAAUAAUCGGUCAGAGUAGUCUCAGUGCCGCAGAGAAACGGCAGUUCAACUUCAACAUCAGCCAGCAGCAGUCAUCUCUCCGAAGAGCUCCGGGAACAUUAAAUCGACUAAGUUCCAAAUUAUUUUUGGACUUAGAAAAUAUUUCGUGAGUUGUGGACUUGGAAAAAUUUCAAAAGAAAACGUCAAUAAGUGAAAUCAAAAAAAAAAACUUUAUUCAAAAAGACUACAGAAAACGUAUCAUCCAUCCAGCCAAGCAGCCGUCCAGACAGCGACCCAAAGGACUAAUUAUAAAAGAAACAACGAAAACAAAUCGUUCAAACGCAAACUUGGCGCAUUGCACUCGUGUAGUUCGACGAGACGGAGCUAUUGCACGCGGUUUCAUCGGCCUACGACAAUUUGUACUCAAGUUAUAUGCCAUCAUAUCGAACACGCAUAUCAACUUCUAUGAUUGAGUUUUGCGUGAGCUGUGGUCGCGAAGAAAACGAUGUUGCAUCAGUUUCCUUGGCUAUUCGGCGUGCUGAAACCGAAUAUGAUGCCAGAUUUUGUCUAGGUGCAGCCAAAAAAAAGUGAUUCCCACGAUGUCGUAAAAACGCAUAUGUAUAAUCGACUUUUUCACGAAGACAAAUCGUUCAAACGCAAACUUGGCGCAUUGCACUCGUGUAGUUCGACGAGACGGAGCUAUUGCACGCGGUUUCAUCGGCCUACGACAAUGUGUACUCAAGUUAUUGUUACGUAUUCACAUACGUUUUCUAUGAAUGAUAUUCCCUUGAAGCAAUUGCAAAGUAUAAACGAUGAAAUCAAUCAAAUAUGAAUACUAAAUACCGCUAUAAAUUACUGAUCAUAUAUUUCAACCAGAGGUCAUAUAACAAAACAUUCUUAGAUGAAUGACCAAAAGGAUUCUAUAUAUAAAUAAAAAUAAAGAAAUGAAAAGAUAGAAACAUUGACGGAGGACGGAACAGUAUUUCUCCCUCUGACGUCGCAAGCCGAUGACCUUUAAUACAAUCAUUGCACAGAAUAAAUAAAUGAUUACUUAAAAUAAAAAUAAUUCGGGACCAUACAGGAGCCCACAUACCAAUGAUUAAAAGAAACUCAGCUUUGGGACGUUAGAACAGGGUUAAACCGCGAGGACGAGUAACGCACCCUCUCAAAAAUGACGAAAUCUUGGAAAUUUCCAUGUAUAUAUUGAUAUGAGUCAAUCUAAGAAUGAUAUGACUCCGAUUGAAAUAAAUGAAAAGACAAACGAAUAAUUUAAAUACAAAAGAGAAAUCAUAAUUCAGAAAAAUAGAUAAAUUCGACUAUUGCAUCAAAAAGGAUACAUGAAAAGUCAAGAAAUAACGUAAACUAAAUAUUCCAUAAGACAAUGGCCAUGAAAAGUUAUGAAAAAAUAGAAUUUGUUAAUAAACAAUUAACAAACAUUUAUAACAACAAAAUGAAAAUCAGUGGAAAAGAAAGAACGAUCACCGGGGUAAGCACCCUCCAAAAAUCUCUUCUUAAUCUGCAUAAACAGUUGAGAUAUUUAUUUUUGAAGUUUCAUACACACACAUACAAGCCCAUGUAUCCGUGUGUCCACAAAACUUUCGAAAAUUCUAGCGUACGCAUUAUUGAUGAUAGAGAAAUGGUUUCCAUACAAAAGGGACUCCAUAUUCUGAGAACUAUUCAUUUCACUCAUAAAAAUAAUAAAAUUUAUUAACAAAUAUAAUUGUUGUAAACAAAAUAUACAUGAAAUAUUCUACGAACAAUUCAGAAAAAUCGUAAAAGGAAGUUCUGUAGAUCCUUGAUAUGUAACUAAAAAAUCUCUUCUUAAUCUUCAUAAAUAGUGAAGAUAUUCAUUUUUAAACUUUUACACACACACACAUAGAAACCCAUGUAUCGGUGUGUCCACAAAAACUUUGGAAAAUUCUAGCGUCCGCAUUAUUCACGAUAGAGAAAUGGUUUCCAGACAAAAGGGACUCCAUAUAUUGAAAACUAUUUAUUCCAUUCAUAAAAAUGAUAAAAAUUAUUAACAAAUAUAAUUGUUGUAAACAAAACGUACAUGAAAAAUCCUGUAAACACUUCAGAAAAAUCGUAAAAGGAAGUUCAGUAGAUCCUUGAUAUGUAACAAAAAAAUCUUUUCUUAAUCUUCAUAAACAGUGAAGAUAUUGAUUUUUAAAUAAUUCACACGAUACACACACACUCAAAUCCUUGUAUCGGUGUAUGCAAAUAAAGUUCGAGAAUCGUUAGCGCCUUCCCUAUGGGACAUAUGCAAAAACAUCCCAUAUAGAAACUAUGGCAUAAAUUAUGAACUACAAAAAUGUGUAAUAAAAAAUUGUAAAAGUCAAUAGACAAAACUGAAUGUCUAUUGACAUGUCAUUAGGAAUUACCCCUAAAAAAAUCUAAAAUUGGCGAAAUUAGCGCAUUUAAAUAACAAGAACAAGAAUAUGAAAGAAAAUUAAACAAAACUCAACAAUUUAAACAUGUCAAUUUUAAUAAAUUAGCGAUCUUAAUUGUAAAUAUUAAUAACCACGAAAUUAAUGAACGAAUUUCUACCGAAAAAUCCAUAAAAAUAGUCCACUGAAUCCUCUAACGACUGAGCCAUUGAUUAGAUUUUUCACGUUAUAAACAACGCCAUUAAAAGUUAAUAAACAUUUUUCAAGGUCAAGUCAAUAUCUCCGAAAGUUGUAUAGUUAAGAAAAUGAAAAUUUAUGGAAAAAUGCUAUAAAAUGUGGACAUUUGAAUGGAUGAAUAAUUGUUCCUGAUUACUGAAAAAUACUAUUGUUAUUAACAAUUGAAAUGUUAUAAAAAAUUGUCAAAAAAGUUUUAAUACUAGAAUCGUAUUUCUAGACCAAAAAUAGGGUCAAAAACGAAUUUUGUCAAAUUUGUCAAGAGACAAUGUCAAUAGACAAAAAUUGCUUAUAGUAGUACCAUGAGGAUGCCAAAAGGAUCCAUUUAAGCUAUAGUGAAAAUCACGUUCAAAAAUUAAUUUUAAAACAGAAAAAUCAUUGUCAAAAUAUCAGAAAUAAAUUUUAAGAAUUAAAAAUGUAAAAAUGAAAAAUGUAAUAAGGCAUAAGAGAAUGUCACAGCAUUAGAUGAGACUACACACAGAACAUAUGAAUACGCAUCACGCGCCAUCCCUACUCUCAGUCAAGUGGAGUUGCACGUUAAACGAAGCAUCCCCACCAUCCCUACUACUGGAUAGCGUGCGCCAACGAUCGACGCGGUGAAUAAUCGGUCAGAGUAGUCUCAGUGCCGCAGAGAAACGGCAGUUCAACUUCAACAUCAGCCAGCAGCAGUCAUCUCUCCGAAGAGCUCCGGGAACAUUAAAUCGACUAAGUUCCAAAUUAUUUUUGGACUUAGAAAAUAUUUCGUGAGUUGUGGACUUGGAAAAAUUUCAAAAGAAAACGUCAAUAAGUGAAAUCAAAAAAAAAACUUUAUUCAAAAAGACUACAGAAAACGUAUCAUCCAUCCAGCCAAGCAGCCGUCCAGACAGCGACCCAAAGGACUAAUUAUAAAAGAAACAACGAAAUUCAAUUAACCAAAGAUUCACCCACGGUUGGCCUUAUCUCGGAUAUUUACAUUGCAGACAAGGUUUCCAUAAUUGGAAGUCCAGAAUUGAAUAUUCAAGGAAACGCAUACAUCAGAGCUAUCAAUCAAAGUGAUCAAGAUUUGACCUUGCCUACGCCUGUGAUUAAGAUGGGCCAGUGUAGUUGGUUAACAUGUAGAGGAGAGACUGAUGCACAGCGCGAACUGAUCCGCGAAAACAAUUUUCAAGAAGAGCCUAAUUCUCAUAUUCAAAAACUCGACUAUCUAAGUCACAAGCCAAAUUGGUUCGCAAGUCCACCUCUCGAUACUAUUCCCAUUAAUGUAGUCUCAAGCGAUAAACUCACUGCUGAACGUGCAAAAUCUAUACAAAACCUCCUCUAUCUCGAUCAUUUGACUGAAACAGAAAAUACUGUAAUUACUGAACUCAUUAGCCAACACCAAGACCUUUUUGUUCUUAAUGGCGAAGCUUUAGGUGCUACAAAUGCUAUUUUUCAUCAAAUUAAUACAAUAGAUGACGUACCUGUAUUCAAACGACAAUAUAGAUUCCCUCCUAUUCACAAAGACGAAAUUAUAAAACAAUGUACAGAAUUAGAGGCAAGAGGUAUAAUUAAACCAUCCGAUUCGCCCUAUAGUUCUCCCAUUUGGAUAGUUCCGAAAAAGGAAGAUUCCUUAGGAAAUAAAAGAUGGAGAAUGGUAAUUGACUACCGAUCUCUCAAUGAAAAAACCAUCGGGGACGCCUACCCUCUCCCAAACAUUAAUGAAAUAUUAGACCAGUUGGGAAAUGCCCAAUAUUUCUCAAGCUUUGACCUUGCUAGUGGAUUCCAUCAAAUCCCUAUUCAUCCUAAUGACACACAUAAAACCGCAUUCUCUACACCCUAUCAGCACUAUGAGUUUACGCGCAUGCCCUUCGGUCUCAAAAACGCACCCCCAACAUUCCAAAGAAUGAUGGAUAAAGUCCUAAUUGGAUUACAGGGUAAAGAAUUAUUCGUCUACAUGGAUGAUAUAGUGAUCUAUUCUCAGACUCUUGAAGAGCAUGUUCGAAAGUUUCAAAAUUUAAGUGAGCGCUUACGAAAGGCUGGUUUGCAACUCGAACCGGAUAAAUGUCACUUUUUAAAGAAAGAGAUCAAUUAUCUGGGACACAUUAUAUCAUCUGAUGGAGUACGUCCGGAACCAAAAAAAUUAACAGCUGUCCAAAAUUUUCCAAGACCAACCAAUCAGAAAAAUAUCAGACAAUUUCUUGGCCUAACCGGGUAUUACCGUCGAUUCAUCCCAAAUUAUGCAAAAAUCGCCAAACCUUUAACCUCUCUCCUAAUGAAAGACAAGAAAUUUCAAUGGGGCGACGAGGAAAACAAAGCCUUUAGUAAUUUACGGAACGCGCUGUGCAAAUCUCCCAUACUGCAAUAUCCAGAUUUCACCAAGGAGUUUGUAAUCACGACAGAUGCUUGCGGAUACGGCAUUGCCGGAAUUCUCAGUCAAGGAGAGAUUGAUGACUCUAAAAAGGAUGAUGACGGCUAUUCUCGUCCUGUUGUUCAUCAACACCCAGGAAAUUAAUGGAUUAGUAGGUUAUGAUUGUAGUGGGUCUACCUUAAACAUCACCUCGUAUUCUCUACUCCAGGUGGGGCAAUGUCACAUCCCCCUUGUUAAACCCAAAUCAACAAAUGUCAACAUCGAACUUAUGCAACUUAACAAAUAUGGACAAAUUACGGUCGUAGAAUGUCGAUUACAAUUAGAUCGAACAAUUCACCGUUGCGGAAUGUUUUCCCAUGUAGCAAUAGUGCACAAUUACCGCAGGGAAUAUUUCGUUGAGCUGGAACAACACGAAUGCCAAAAAUUACAUGAUUCCAACUCACUACAGAUAUCACACAACAUUGUAGUCGAUGCACUAGUUAAAAAUAUCACCAAUCUUAGACCAAUCACAAUAGCCGGUAAAGCCGAAGUUGACGGCACAUGUCAAGGAAGCCAGUAUAAUGACCCAUUUGGGAAUUGGGACGAAGUCAUUGUCAACGCAAUAGCGCGAAUCUACUACACUUCAUAUGUCACCACUGUCGAAUUAAUAUCCAACAAAGUAACCCUUCAAUCGGGAGCCAAAUGCGAUUUUUUGGCGGGGUCUUGUACAAACUCUCUUGGCACUCAGGCCUUUUGGUCAGUCCAGCCUCCAGACGACUGUAAAUUCGGAAAAUACACAACGCUAUAUCGAGGAUCAGCUACGAAGAUCGAAUCAGACAACAGUAACCCGACCACUUAUUUAGUUACCACUAGAGACUAUACUUUCACAUUGGAGCAAAGAUCUAAGACAUUAACCUGUGGCUACCUUUUGAUCCAAACUGAAUUACCAAAAUUAUUUAUUAUGGAAGUUUCUCCGGGAACCACUUUCCCCACAAAUAAGAUUAUCAAUACCGAUAAUGUGGACUUAAUGCAAUAUGUUAACACGAAAAUUGUAUACCUCGAACACCACCUUAGAACUCAAGUUAGGAAGCUGUAUCACUAUAUUCGUCUCAGUCAAUGCGAAGCCCAAAGAACCUCAUUAAUGAACGCCCUUAGCACAGCGUCAUUUGCACCUGAUAUAUUUGCCUAUAACCUCAUGAAAGGCCCGGGUUAUCAUGCAAUAACAACAGGAGAAUUGGUUUCCAUUGUCAAAUGCACGGCAGUACCAGUCACCCUCAGAAAGAGUGAAAAUUGUUACCAAGAAAUGCCAGUUACUUACAACAACGAAAGUUACUUUCUAACCGGAAUAUCGAGAAUGUUGAUUAGACAUGGAACGGUCAUUGACUGCCAUUCAGCGAUACCUACAGUUUAUAGAAUUGAUGGAUAUUGGUAUGCACUGAACCCUGACCCAAUGAAAACCCCAACGCCUGCAACCUUUAACCCUUCUCUACCAAUAGAAUGGGAAUAUGAAAAAAUAGAAAAUUUAGCAACUAGUGGAAUUUAUAGCGAAACAGAUAUGGAAAAAUUACGUGACCGACUAUUAACUCGAGCAGAAGCCGCCACUGUAAUGAAUAAUCUUGUCAGCGCCGCCAAUGGUAAUGAACUGCCAGCCGGAACUAUUUCAAUGAAACACCUUUUGAGUAGGGAGAUGGUAGAGGAAAUGACGGAAUCAGCAGCUUAUAAGACGUGGGAAAAACUCAAAAUAUUUGGGAAUACAGUAUCGAUUCUUAUAGGAAUUGUCACUAUUAUCCACGUGAUAAUUGGCAUUGCUAAUGUGUUCAUACAUGGUUUUACGCUACACGAUGCAUUCGGAUGGAGCUUCCGUAUCCUUGGAGCUUUAUUUGGAGGACUUACACAUUAUUUUAUAUACAGAACACGUCGAAACCAAACGAAUAAUUUACCAGAAAACAUCGAAGCUCAACCUCUUAACACGGAGAUGAGAACACACACCCGGAGAACCACGCCAUUGAACACUAUAACUACAACAAGUGAACUGCCACGAGCCACCCUUCCUAAUCCGAUUAAUCCGCAAUUACUAUCGCAAGCACGUAUAGCUUUAAGUACUGCCCCAACUAACACAAACUAGUAGAAGUAUUUGUUAAUAACCAUUCUACAUAGUGCCAAUAAAUAGAAAAAUAGCCACUCAGAAAUCAACAGUGGAUUCGAUGCUGAUCAAGGGGAAAUAUAUUAUAUGUCUUCCUACUCGUCCGAAAUCGUGAUGGUCCACAACUAUCUUGCACG